UCUCUCUCUCCUCAUAUUGAUGUGCAUACGCUGGGUUUUGUUUUUCCUCCUCUUUAGGGUUUCUUCAAUUCCGCGGAAAAUAUUCUUAGUUCCAGAAACUGAAUGGAAAAAGUCAAGAAAAUAGUAAGAAAGUAAAACCCAUAUAGCCAAACGUGUUUCUUGCUGAACAAGGAGCUGGAAGACGGCGACUUUACCUCAUUUUUCGUAAUUUUAAUUAAAUGCUUUGAAGUGGGGACUGAUAGUUCCAGCUCCAUUUGUUUCUUAGAGGGUACGUGCCAGUUAUUUACAUUUUGACAUUAUGGCAUCUUCUCAUGGUAAUUCACACUCUGAAGCAGCAAAAAUGGAACAAAUAAUCACUGAAUUCUAUGCCAAAAGUCUCCACAUCAUCCUUGAAUCUAGGACUCCAUACAUGUCCUCACGUAAUUAUAGUGGUGAACAAGCCCUAUCAUCGCCAUCAUCAUCCUCAUCAUCCUCAUCGAGUGUGAGGCCGAGGGAUAAGUGGUUUAAUUUAGCUCUAAGGGAAUGUCCUGCUGCACUGGAGAAUCUUGAUCUCUGGCGCCAGAGCCAUCUUGAACCUUUGGUGGUUGAUGUGAUUUUGGUCCAGAGACCACUUGAUUGUGAGCCCGUGAAGUGUUCACCUAAAAGGGAUCUUGUUAGGAACUUGUCAUUGAAAGAGCGGUAUCCAUACUGUUGCAAUUAUGAGCAGGAGGAAUUUGGGUGUGAGGCAAAGAGUGAAAAGAUUAUAGAGAGAUGGGUAGUGCAGUAUGACAGUCGGAAGAUUAGAGAUACAAAUUCAGGGAGCAGGAGGUUGAGCAGUAAUACUUUACAUUCAUUGUAUAAGAAGUCGAUGUUACUUUUGAGGUCUUUGUAUGUCACUGUUAGGCUUUUACCUGCUUACAAAGUUUAUCGUGACCUCAAUUCGUCUGGCCAAAUUCGGCCAUUUGCUCUUACUCACCGAGUAGCCUCUUUUGCUGAGCCCUUCACUUGUAGAGAAGAGGCAGCAAUGCAGCGGUUUGGGUUCACCCCUGUGGAUACGGCUUGUGGCAGGCUUUGCCUUUCAGUGUUGUAUUGUUCAUCACUUUCAGAUGUAAGCUCUGAAUCAUCAACUCCUAUGUCUCCACAGCUUAUUCCGGACUAUGUUGGCAGCCCAUUGACAGACCCACUUAAAAGGUUCCCAUCACUUCCUGUGACAGGAUCAGUAGCACAUGCCUUUCCACCAUCUUCCUCAUUCUCUAGGCGACAUAGUUGGAGUUUUGACCAUUAUAGAGCUUCACCACCUUCAGUUUCCUUCUCACCUUCACCUACAUAUUCAGAACCACAUGCUUUAAUCUCUAACCAAAGUUCUCGUUUCCCACCUACAAUCAUGCCACCUCAUCCACCUGAAACAUCUCUUGUUUAUAAGAAGGAUACAAGCUUUGAUGAGUAUUCACCUGCCUUUUCACCCUCACCAUCGUCUGCCUCUCCAUCAUUGCCAAUCUUUAUUCCUGGGAGUCAUCAUUCAAAGCCUCUUUUACAAUCUGAGAGCGCACCAUUCAGUGAACGGACGGCUAAACUUGCUAAUUCCCCUGCAUUCUGCAACAAGCUAAAUUUGCCUCUUAGAGGUAUUGGAUCUGGCAGUUCUAAGACUGAUAAAACUGGGGGUUUUAUGGAGGCUGGUACUGCGGUUGAGAAGUUUUCCUCCCUCGGGAAAGAUGAUGCUAGACAAUAUUCUGAGGUUAAAAUAUCAUCCAGCAGCUCCAGUAGGUCUUUCCCUGACGAUUUGGAUGAUUCUGACUUUCCUUGCCCGUUUGAUGUGGAUGAUGAGGAUGUGACAGAUCCAGGUAGCAGACCUGAAUCUUUUGGCAAAAAUGUACCUUUGUGUGAGCCACAUGUGCCUGGAGGGUUGUUUCCAAUUAAAAAAUCCCAAGAUGCUGCUGUUGGUGCGCUUGUACGAAUGUUAAGAAAAGCUCCACCUCUCCGCCAGGAUAACUCAAAUUCAGUAAAAUUUUGCCCCGAAAUCUGGGGCAACAGUAGCCAAGAGCCUAAUCAGCCUUUUAAGGGACAGGCAUCAGUUCAGCGUGAUGAUUCUUCAAGCGUCAUUUCCUCGGGGCUCAUUACAUCAAAAACUACCACUGUUGCUUUAGAAGAGCUCCAAAGUUACAGGGAGAUGAAAAAUUUGUUACUAGGGCAAGGUAAUUUUCUUCUGAACUUUGGUUCACCGAGCAUGGAUUCCCAACCUCUGAAUUAGUUAACCAUAUUUCUUUGUUCCCUUUGUAACAUAGGAUUUUAGACCUAAUCAUUUUCAGGAUUGGAAUUCAAAAAGAGUCAUCAUGUACAUGCACCUCUGAAUAUUUUUCAUUUUUUUAGUCUCAUUUUAUAGGGAAUAGUUAUGGAAAGAUGUUCGUUUGUGGAUUAGGCCAUUCUUAGGCCAGUCAGAGGAAGUAGUGCCUCCUUCACCUUGCACUUGAUUUUGAAUAUCCUCAAGGUGUCCCCAGUAGGGGCUAGACCCAAGGCUCAACCACCAUGGGGCUCGACAAAUUAGAGGCAGGCAAAAAUAUUCAAGGUAAUUCUAUAGUGAAGGCCUUAUAGCUUGACAAAGUAGCUGAGAUGUGGCUGAAUAGACAUAAAGACAAAGCUUAUUUGUGUUUUUCGUUAAUGUUAUUAAAUAAAAUGUUGUGUUCGGAAUC